AUGGGGGUCCCCGUCCCCUCGUGGGUGCCUGAAGGAGAAUCAGAUCAUGGGUGGAAGGCCGCCAGCACAGUCCUGGCACUCAGCGGUUGUGCAGUAAAUGGCGUUCCCCCCCCACCCCCGCCGCCGCCCAGCACCCCGGGGCAGCCCCUCAUCGCCCAGGGGUCCUCACACUCUCUUUUGUCUUUCCUGGAGGCUCGACGAGGUCAGGGCCCUUCUGGGUGUCACGGGCUGGAUGUGAACUGGAGUCUCCUGAGUGCCAGCCCAGCCCUUGCCAUCGCCUACGCCUACGUGCAGUGGAUGCUAGGAUCAUUUGUGAGAACUAAAAGAGAUACCACCAGGAACUUGCUCAACACAGAAAUGCACACAGAGCUGCACAGUGCGCCGGCGCAGCGCUGGUCCAUGAAGGUGCCGGCCGAGGUGACUGCGGCGGCGGGCGAGGCGGCAGUGCUGCCCUGCACCUUCACGCACCCGCACCGCCACUACGACGGGCCGCUCACGGCCAUCUGGCGCGCGGGCGAGCCGUACACGGGCCCGCAGGUGUUCCGGUGCGCGGCGGCGCGGAGCAGCGAGCUCUGCCAGACGGCGCUCAGCCUGCACGGCCGCUUCCGGCUUCUCGGCAACCCGCGCCGCAACGACCUGUCGCUGCGCGUCGAGCGCCUCGCGCUGGCCGACGACGGCCGCUACUUCUGCCGCGUCGAGUUGGCCGGCGACGUCCACGACCGCUACGAGAGCCGCCACGGCGUCCGGCUCCGCGUGACCGCCGCCCCGCGGAUCGUCAACAUCUCAGUGCUGCCCGGUCCGACUCACACCUUCCGCGCGCUCUGCACGGCUGAAGGGGAGCCGCCGCCCGCCCUCGCCUGGUCCGGCCCGGCCCUGGGCAACGGCUCGGCCGCCGUGCUGAGCCCAAGUCAAGAUCACGGCCACCAGGUGACCGCCGAGCUGCCCGCGCUGGCCCACGACGGCCGCUACACGUGCGCGGCCUCCAACAGCCUGGGCCGCGUCGAAGCCAGCGUCUACUUGUUCCGUUUCCACGGCUCCUCCGGGGCCUCAGCAAUCGCCCUCCCGCUCGGCGCGCUUGGCCUCAAGCUGCUGCUGCUACUCGGCGUUCUGGCCGCCCGUGCCGCCGCCCCCCGCCGCCGCCUAGAGUACCCAGUCACCCAGGAUGCCUCACCGCGGCCCCAAGCUCAGGAGUCCAAUUAUGAAAAUUUGAGCCAGAUGAGUCCUCAGGGCCCACCAGCAGCCGUGUGUUCACCUUGAGGAGCCCAUUGGCCACCGGCAUCCCCUGGACACCAUGAGGAAUGAAGGCCAAUGUGUGGCUUGGCUGGGACAGCCCUUCCUGGCUCCCAGGCACCUUGGCAGCCCUAGCCUGGCGGCGCCCUGAGGUCAGAACGCUGCUCACAGAGGCUCAGAGGUCUCCUACGUGGACUUCUGUCUCCAAGCCUCAGAGA